AUGCCCCUUACUCCUGAAAUAUUCGGGCUUCGAUACAGUCAGGCGUUUGUGGCGACGGCGAGCCGCACAAAGCUGGAACGUCGAGAAUGUUCGAAUUCCUCAGGUUCCCCUUCAACUGCCUCUACUCUUUCUCGGAGCCCAGCUAAAGUUCGGACGCGCAUAAAAACCUCCAAGAGUCCAGUCGAACUUUUGGAUGCCGAGGAAAUCAAUAAUAAGGUGAGUGAGUAUUGCUUCAUGAUUAUGGACAUGUUUGCACUACAAACCUCUGCACAGGAGCGUAACAGCUAUAUCGCUUUCCCGCCAACCUGGGUAUCCUUGGGAAGAGAUUCUCGAGCAAAAAGGGAAUGUCUGGUAAUUCUGAGGGUGAUCGAAUUACCAGUCAGAGACCUUACUGCAUCAACAGUCGCAACAUCGAAGAUCAUUGACCGCAUGCAAAACGAAGAGAGACUUCUUCACAGUCAAGUUUGGAGGUUUCCGGAUCAGCUGAGCCAGGCGAAAGGAGAGGCGGGUAAUUUGAAGACUCAAGUCACGACACUGGAAGAGCAAGCCAGGAGUAUGAGCUUGCAAGGCCAGGUCGCGAGUAUCAACAUGAAUGACCUGAAGGGCGCCUGCAACCAGAAAGACCAGGAGCUGUCAGAGAGGUCCCAUAAUUCAAGUUCUCAGCGGGCAUAA